GGCAUUUAGGUAAUUGUGAGAGUGACUGAAGGAGGGUGGUUACCGAUUUGAUUCUUGUCUUCCUCGCCACUGUUCCCCUGUCUCCAUAACCAACCAACCAUACAUUAACACCAACACUCAACCUCACUCGCUCGCUUCACAAUUCGAGAUCUGAAAUCGAAAUCCAUAACGAAGAGAGAGAAAGAGAAAUGAGGGAACCAUCGUCGGUGGGAUUCGAUGGCAACGGCGUCGUUUCUCCGCCGCCGCAAGCUCUCCUCGAGAGACUCAAAGACUACGGUCAAGAAGACGCUUUCGCCCUCUGGUACGAGCUCUCCCCGGAGGAGCGCGACCUUCUCGUCAAGGACAUCGAGAGUUUAGAUCUUUCGAGAAUUGACCGGAUUAUUCGAUGCUCGCUGCGAUCUCAAGGACUGCCGGCGGCGGCCAUUGAGCCUGUGCCGGAGAGCAGUGUGUCGACGGUGGAGGAGAGAAGCCAGGAGGAACGAGAGAGAUGGUGGAAAAUGGGGCUGAAGGCUAUUUCAGAUGGCAAGUUAGCUGUGUUGCUUUUAUCUGGUGGCCAGGGGACUCGACUUGGAAGUUCAGAUCCAAAAGGAUGUUUCAAUAUUGGACUUCCAUCUGGAAAAUCACUUUUUCAACUUCAAGCUGAGAGGAUUUUGUGUGCACAGAGACUAGCUGCUCAAGCUACAAACGAGAAUUCUGCUUCUUCAGCGCAAAUACAUUGGUACAUAAUGACUAGUCCAUUCACUGAUGAGGCAACACGCAAAUUCUUUGAAAGUCAUAAAUUUUUUGGUCUCGAGGCAGAACAGGUUACCUUUUUCCAGCAAGGAACAAUCCCUUGUGUUUCCAAGGAUGGUAGAUUUAUUAUGGAGACUCCAUACAGGGUAGCAAAGGCUCCUGACGGGAAUGGUGGAGUGUAUUCAGCUCUGAAAUCUACUAAAUUAUUGGAGGAUAUGGCCUCAAAAGGAAUUAAGUACAUUGAUUGCUACGGAGUUGACAAUGCACUGGUUAGAGUUGCUGAUCCAACUUUUUUAGGCUACUUCAUUGAUAAAGGUGUUUCUGCUGCUGCAAAAGUUGUCCGCAAGGCAUACCCACAAGAAAAGGUUGGUGUGUUUGUAAGACGAGGCAAAGGUGGUCCUCUAACUGUAGUUGAAUACAGUGAGUUGGACCAGUCGCUAGCUUCUGCAGUCAAUCAAGCAACUGGCCGUCUUCGUUUUUGUUGGAGUAAUGUCUGCUUACACAUGUUCACUCUGGAUUUUCUGAACCAAGUGGCAAAUGGCCUUGAAAAAGACAGCGUUUAUCAUCUUGCAGAGAAGAAAAUACCUUCCAUACAUGGAUAUACAAUGGGAUUAAAACUUGAACAGUUUAUAUUUGAUGCGUUUCCAUAUGCUCCUACGACUGCACUUUUUGAGGUAUUACGAGAGGAGGAAUUUGCUCCAGUGAAAAAUGCAAAUGGAUCCAAUGUUGACACUCCAGACAGUGCGAAACUGCUUGUUCUUCGACUCCAUACUCGUUGGGUAGUUGCUGCAGGUGGCUUCUUAACACAUUCAGUACCCUUAUAUGCAACAGGAGUUGAAGUGUCACCACUCUGUUCGUAUGCUGGAGAAAACCUGGAGCCUAUAUGUCGAGGGAGAACAUUUCAUGCACCUUGUGAGAUCACAUUCUAGUUCCAAUCUGUUUGUGCGGCUUUUGUUGUGACUUAUACAACAACGAGGGAGUUCUCAGUCCCAGACAUGUUGCAAGAUUAAUGUGUAUGUCACUCAUCAUUCACUUGUAUCAAUGUAUAUUAUCUUCUCCAAUCUGUUUCUGAUUGGCUUUUGGUUUUUGCUUUUUCUUUUUUGGCCACUGAUCUGUUUUAGUGUUGCUGAGAAAUGUACAUGUAUCAUAAUUUUACUGAGCAUUUAUUUGCCCAUGCGAACUCGAAUAUAUCGCUUCGUUUUCCUUUUUCCUUACC